AUGGCCCCCGCUCACCUCCGGAAGCCACCCCAGGCCCCGCCUGUCUUUACCGCAACCCCGCAGUCACUUCUAGCUGAUGCCGAGCGCUUGAUCAAGAGCUCGCGAGCCAUUCAGGACAAGGUGGUGGCGGAGGUCAAGCCCGAGGCCGCAACCUUUGCCAAGGUUGUCCUUCCUCUCGCCCAAGAUGACAACCAGAUGGGACUAGAGUCACACAUCCUGGGCUUCUACCAGGCUGUAUCAACAGACUCGAAGCUGCGAGAUGCUUCUUCCAAGGCCGAAGAGCUGAUGGAUGAGUUCUUUAUUGAGGCGGUCAUGCGUGAGGAUGUCUUCAAUUUGGUCGAUGCCGUACUGCGCCGCAACGAGAUUCUCGAUCCGGAGUCACGCCGUCUAUUGGAGAAGGAACACAAGGACUUCAUCCGUAAUGGACUCGGCCUGCCCGAUGGCCCUCAUCGGCUCCGCUUCAAGGAGAUCAAGAAGCGGCUGAGCCAGCUGAGCAUUGAAUUCCAGAAGAACCUGAACGAGGAGAACGGCGGCAUUUGGUUUACCCCGGAGCAGCUGGCUGGUGUGCCCAAGGACCUUCUGGACGGCCUGAAGAAGGGCGAGGACGAGAACGCCGGCAAGCUCUGGCUGUCGUUCAAGUACCCCGACCUCUUCCCCACCAUGAAAUAUGCCAGCGACCCCGAGACUCGCCGGCAAGUCAUGAUCGCCAAUGAGAACAAGUGCAACCAGAAUGUGCCGCUAUUCCGGGAAUCCAUUAUACUCCGUGAUGAGGCGGCUCGUCUGAUCGGCUAUCCCAACCACGCUGCCUUUCGUAUCGAGGACAAGAUGGCCAAGACCCCAGAGACCGUUAACAAGUUUUUGGGUGAUCUUCGGGACAGACUGACCGCUGGCGGGAAGAAGGAGAUACAGAAGUUGCUGGAUUUGAAGAACGCCACGGACCCCAAUGCUGAUGGCCGCUACUACCUGUGGGACCACCGAUUCUAUGACCGUCUCAUGCUAGAAAAGGACUACUCGCUAGACCACCAGCUUAUUGCUGAGUGGUUCCCCUUGCAGACAACCAUUCAAGGUAUGCUGAAGAUUUUCGAAGAGCUGUUCGGUCUGGAGUUUGUUGAGAUCAUUGGUGAGGACCGGGCAGCCAUUGCCCCCACUGGCCAGGGCAAUGACAUUGUCUGGCACGAGGAUGUCCAAGUAUUCAGUGUGUGGAACGAUGAGGACGCGGGCAGUGGGUUCGUUGGAUACCUGUACCUGGACCUGUUCCCUCGCGAGGGCAAAUAUGGCCAUGCAGCCAACUUCAACCUGCAGCCGGGCUUCAUUAAUAAGGAUGGUACCCGCCGAUUCCCUGCCACCGCAUUGGUGUGCAACUUCACCAAGCCCCAGCCCAAGAAGCCUAGUCUGCUGAAGCACGACGAGGUCGUGACCCUCUUCCACGAACUCGGCCACGGCAUCCACGACCUGGUGUCCCGAACCAUCUACUCCCGCUUCCACGGUACCAGCACAGUGCGCGACUUUGUCGAGGCACCCAGCCAGAUGCUGGAGAACUGGUGCUGGGAACCCUCGCAGCUGCGCUCUCUGAGCCGACACUACUCCACCCUCUCCCCAGAGUACCUUGCUAGCUGGAAGGAGGCUCAGGGCGAAGCUGCCACCAGCCAGCCGUCAGAGCGCAUCCCGGACGAUGUCAUUGCCAACCUGAUUCGCACCAAGCACGUCAACGACUCCCUAUUCAACCUGCGCCAGCUGCACUUCGGCAUCUUUGACAUGACCGUCCACGAGCCCAAGACCCACGCCGACAUUGAGGCUCUUCCUCUGUCUGCGACAUACAACCGUCUCCGCCAUGAGAUUACCCAGAUGGACGGACCGGAAGUACAGGGCGCUGGCGACGAGUGGGGCCACGGCGAGGCGACCUUUGGACAUUUGAUCGGAGGUUACGACGCUGGAUACUACGGAUACCUGAGCUCCCAAGUUUACUCCACCGACAUGUUCUACACCGUCUUCAAGGACGAUCCCAUGAACAAGGCUGCUGGCCGUCGCUACCGCUACCAGGUUCUAGAGAAGGGUGGUAGCCAGGAUGAGAUGAAGACUCUGACCGAGUUCUUAGGCCGUGCGCCUCGGACCGAUGCAUUCUACAAGGAUUUGGGACUGGCGUUAGCUGUAGAUACCGAUAAGCGCACCGCCUUGCCAUUCUGCAAUUCUCCGCAACUCAACAGCUCUUUUUCUAGAUCGUCUCAUUUUAGAACUUCAGCAUACAAGACAACACAGAGUCUCGGAUUAAACAAGUGUAUCCAAUCACCGCUCUGCAUCACCAACAUAAGAGAUCAAUCUGCCUCCGCGCAGCAGCUCCAAAUUCCCGACUCCUAUCAGUUCAAAAGCGCGACAACAACCCGCAACAUAAGCACCCUACCGCGGCGCGGCGGCGAAGGAAAAGACAAAGCGCUGAUUCUGCCCCUCGAGCGCAAGAGCUCAACAGACGCAGACGCAGAUGCGGAUAUAGAAGCCGACCUCGAAGAAGAAGCCAGGACCACAGAAACAGAACCGUCAUCGCGCAAGACAAGAGCAAGGCAUGUCUCUAACCACACGACGCUUCUGCUGGCUACUACGAUCCCGGACCGGCGGGCGACGAUUAUCCGGCGCGAAGACGGGAUCGAGAAGAGGAUUCUGUUGAGGUGUGGGCGGUGCAAGGUUGUUGUGGGGUAUUAUUUGGAUCGGUUGCAUUGGGCGUCUACUGGGGAUCGAGAGAGGGAGAGGGGAGGGGCGCGGGAUGGGGAGGAGGAGGGGGAGGAGGAGCGGCCGCCGGCUGUUUAUCUUCUUCCUGGGGCUGUGGUGGAGACGGAGAAGUUGGGGGGUGAGGGGGUUGGGGAGAGGGAGUGGAGGGAGUGGGUUGUUUAG